AUGUCGUCCGACCAGAAAAUCAAGGAGUUUGUUGCCGGCCAAGUCAAAUUCUUCUGCUAUGGGGCCCGUAACACUCCGCUUCAGCGCUUCCCAUCUGACGGAGGACUGGAGUACGAGACUGUCUACUUUCCUGCCUAUGACGGUGUUAUGCUUGAGGCUUGGUACAUUCCCUGCAAGGGUAGCAACAAGCUGGUCAUCUCCAACCACCCCAUGACCUUCAACAAGGGAGGCUACCCUGGCAGUCAGCCCGGCUUUGACAUGUUUGGUCCUAUCGAAGUCAACUUGAUUCCCGACUAUGUUCACCUGAACAAGGCCGGCUACAACGUCCUAGUGUACGACAUGCGCAACCACGGGCGCUCGCAGAACAACUGGGGCGGUCCCCGUGUCUUCACCACCGGCUACGAAGAGAGCAAGGACAUGGUCGGUGCCCUGCAGUACGCCAAGGCUCGUCCCGAGACCAAGAACAUGGACAUUGCCCUCUAUGCCCGGUGCAUGGCUGCCAACUCGACCAUUGUCGCGUUCCACCGCUACCCCGAGUUCUUCAAGGACAUCAAGUGUCUUGUCGCUCUCCAGCCUGUCUCGGCCAAGACCUUUGUCAUUACUGGCGCCAAGGCACAGGGCAUGGACGGUGUCGAGGCCGCAAAGCUCUUCGACCAGGGUGUAUAUGAGGAGCACGGCCUCCGUGCCAGCCAGCUCGAGCCGCAGUUUGCCUGCCCCUCGGUUCACGUCCCUACCCUCAUUGCUCAGGUUCGGAAGGAUGUCUUUGUCGACGCCGAGCUCGACACCCAGGAGAUUUACGACCUCAUUGGUUGCAAAGAGAAGAAGCUCUUCUGGAUCGAGGGCACUACCCGCAGGUUUGACGGUUACAACUACUUCCCGGACAAGCCCGAGGAGCUCAUCGGCUGGCUCCAGAAGUACAUGCCCGCCAAGUAA